AUGGGCUCGCAGACCUGGGAAGAAAUCGUUUCUCGGAAACGGGCCAUCAGAGACCAAUUCCUCGCACCGUACUUGGCGGACGUUGCUCAACGUCCACCGCAAGUAUACAAUGUCGAGGAGCGCACUCGACUCGGAGAUCCUUUGAUUCAAAGGAUCACGGAUAUUGACAAUGUCGCCACAUUGCUGCAAUGCCUGGAAAAAGGAGAGUUUCAAGCGGAACAAGUGACCACGGCGUACAUCAAACGGGCCGUAGUAGCUCACCAACUCACGAACAGCUUGACUGAGGUUCUAUUUGAAGAUGCCCUAGAACAGGCAAGGAAGCUAGACGCCGACUUCAAAGCAACAGGCAAGCUUAAAGGACCGCUACAUGGGAUUCCUAUCACCCUGAAAGACCAAUUCAACGUCAAAGGCGUCGACACGACCUUGGGUUAUGUGGGCAGGUGCUUCGCUCCAGCCAAGGAAGACGCCGCGCUCGUGCAGAUCUUAAAGAACAUGGGCGCCAUAGUCAUUGCAAAGACAAACCUUCCGCAGAGUAUCAUGUGGGCUGAGACCGAAAAUCCUCUUUGGGGACUCACAACCAACCCUCGCAAUCCAGACUUCUCACCCGGUGGCUCCACAGGCGGCGAAGCUGCUUUGCUGGCCUUGCAUGGAUCCUUGAUCGGGUUUGGCACUGAUAUUGGUGGAAGCGUGAGAAUUCCACAGUCCACACUGGGCUUGUAUGGCUUUAAACCGAGUAGCGCUCGACUUCCCUAUCAGGGAGUACCGGUCUCCACCGAAGGCCAAGAACAUGUUCCAUCUUCCAUUGGGCCCAUGGCCCGAGACCUCUCGUCCAUCUGCUACAUUAGCCGGCUGAUGGCGAACAGUCAGCCCUGGGAUGUCGACCCCCGAUGCGCUCCUCUCCCCUGGAAUGACCAUUCGUUCCAAGAAGUCCAAACCCGACCUAUGGUCAUCGGCUUGAUCCUGGAUGACGGCAUCGUGAAGGUCCACCCACCUAUUGCGCGAGCUCUGCUGGAGCUCUCGGCGGUGCUCAGAAGCCAUGGCCACGAGGUUAUAGCCUGGGAUACUUCUGAUCACGCUGCAUGCAUUGAGAUCAUGGAUCUGUUCUAUACGGUUGACGGGGGCGAGGAUAUUCGUCGAGAUGUGGCUGCUGCAGGGGAGCCGUUCAUUCCGCAUGUUGAAGCACUGGUGAACCGUGGCCAGCCUAUCUCGGUAUAUGAGUAUUGGCAAUUGAACAAGCGGAAAGCUGCGGUGCAAAAAAGAUAUCUGGACAAAUGGAAUGCCGUGCGGUCCUCGUCGGGUAAAGCUGUCGAUAUUCUGUUGAGCCCUACUUUGCCGCAUACGACUGUGCCUCAUCGGAAGGUCCGCUGGGUUGGCUAUACCAAGAUUUGGAAUUUGCUUGAUUAUCCGGCUAUCACGUUCCCGGUGGAUAGGGUGAGGGCUGAGUUGGAUGUGUUGCCCUCGGAGCCUUAUACCCCCCGGAAUAGCCUCGAUGAGUGGAAUUGGAAUCUUUACGAUGCGAACCAGGUAGAUGGAUAUCCAGUGAAUCUGCAGGUUAUUGGGAAAAAACUUCAUGAGGAAAGGGUACUGGGUGCUGCCACCAUCAUUGAGGAGCUCUGGAAAAGUCAUAUUGGCAAGUUUGAUUGA